ACUGAAACCGCGCACAGCAGCCAGCAAUGCCCGAGGGCAUGGACAUCGCUCACCGAGACCACCUCCUCGCCGCGCUGCACGGCCUCCUCGGCGCCGCCACGCUCCUCCUCUGCCUCGCCGCGGAGCUCCUCGUCUUCGCGUUCCGGCGCAAUGCGGCGCUCUACCUUGCCCCCGUGGCGGCGAUGCUCAUCUUCAACCGCCUCCGGCGCCGCAUCGCGGCGGCGGAGAUCGGGCUGGUCGACUUCUCCUGCCUGAAGCCUCCACGCCGGCUGCGCAUCCCGGUGGCGGGGCUGCUUGAGCACUUCCGGCUCAUCGGUUGCUUCGACGACGGCAGCGUCGAGUUCAUGACCAAGGUCAUCGAGGCCAGCGGCAUGGGCAACGAGACCUACUUCCCGCCGUCGCUGCACUACAUCCCGCCGGCGGCCACGCACGCCGACGCCGUCCAGGAGGCCCACAUGCUCUUCUUCCCGGCCCUCGACGACCUCUUCGCCAAGACCGGCGUCCCGCCGUCCGCCGUCGGGGCGCUCGUCGUCAACUGCAGCGGCUUCUGCCCGGCCCCGUCGCUCGCCGCCAUCAUUGCCAACCGCUACCGCAUGCGAGAUGACGUCAAGACCUUCAACCUCUCAGGCAUGGGCUGCGCCGCGGGCGUCGUGGGUGUGGAUGUCGCGAGGAGGCUCCUGCUCACGCACGCCAUGCCGUACGCCAUCGUCGUCAGCGCCGAGAUCGUCACCGUCGGGUGGUACAGCGGCAAGGACCAGGGCAAGCUGCUCCUCAACUGCUACUUCCGCACGGGCUGCUCCGCCGCGCUCGUCACCAACGGCCGCGGCGCCGCGCCGGUGAAGUACCGGCUGGCGAGCCUGACGCGCACGAACCAGAUCGCCAACGACCGGAGCUACCGCUCCGGGUACCGCGACGAGGACGACGAGGGCAUCACCGGCUUCACCCUGGGGCAGGGCGUCGGGCGCAUGGUGAGCGAGCUGCUUCGCGCGCACCUCGUGACGCUCGGCCUGUCCAUCCUCCCCUGGCGCGAGAAGCUGCGGUACGCGCUCGCGCUGCUCCGGUCAUCCCGCGAUGGCGACAGCAGCAAGCUCCCCCGCGGCGCCGUGCCGCUGCCGGACUUCCGCGCGGCGGCGGAGCACUUCUGCCUGCCGUCGUCGGGGCGGCCGAUGAUCUGGCGGCUCGGGCAGGGUCUCGGGCUGGGGGAGCGGGAGAUGGAGGCGGCGCUGAUGACGUUCCACCGGUUCGGGAACCAGUCGGCGGCGUCGCUGUGGUACCAGCUGGCGUACCUGGAGGCCAAGGGGCGGGUCCGCGCGGGCGACACGGUGUGGCAGCUCGGCAUCGGCAGCGGGCUCAAGGCCAACAGCUUGGUGUGGGAGCGCGUCGCCGGGAGCGACGGGGAGCGCGAGCUGGGGCCCUGGGUGGGCUGCAUCCACAAGUACGCCGUGACGGAAAUGUAAGUGCAAAGGCCACUUGGUUUGCUUUGGGUGAACCCGUCGUGCAGGCUGCAGCUCGAUCGAGCGAUGUUCUUGAAGAAGAAAGCACUUCAUUUUCAUGUGCAUUCCCAUCGAGUUUCCUAGACUCCCUAGUGAUAUGAACUCGCUGUACUCCUUGCUUUUGUGUUUGUGAUUUGAGAUGGAUCAAGUGUACGACGUAUUUUCCCA